AUGGCUAAUAAGAACUCUGAUGAGAAGAUACCAGAUCUCCCAGAAUCAUCACCACAAUUGUCGUCACCACAGAUCCCAGCUCAUGUGGUCCGUGAAGACGAAGAUGAAGACAUGAUUGGGGACCAAAACAAUUCUCAAACAUGCAGGCAGCAAAAUUUAAAAGCUGCUAAGAUACAACAAUAUCAGAAUAAUAAGGAGCUACAUAAACAGUACAUGAGGCUACUGCAGUGUAUAUUCAAGUUCAGAUUUUGUGUUGGAAAGGACAAUAAAUAUGCAUUACAUGAGCUUGCCACAAGGCGUGAUAUGAUUGCAUUUAACAGGGGUGAUGACAAAGUGUCUGGACCUAACCAAGAAGACUUGAAGUUUGACAUGAACAGUGAUUCAUCAUUUGAGUGGAAUCACAAAAUAUUCCAGUACCUGCUGGAAGACUUUAAAUGA